AGUGUGAGUUUGGUCAUGUCUGGACUGCAGGGUGUUGGACUGCUGCUGCUGUGGGGCUGCGCCUGCCUCUGGCUGCCCGGCUCGGCCCAUGAGGCCAUGGUCGUCUCCGGGGGCGACGACGCUCUGGAGGAGAGAAGAGGAGAGGCCAGACACCUGCAUAAAAGAAGUACAAAUGUGGCCGAGGUGGAGGUGUACAGCGUGAAGGUGGAGUGCACGGUGACGUCUCGGUUCGCCCACACCGUCACGACCUCCAAGGCUCUGAACAAGGCCAAGACCCCACAGGAGAUCUUCUUCGAAGUGGACCUGCCCAAGACGGCCUUCAUCGUCAACUUCAGCAUGGAAAUUAAUGGCGAGGUGUAUGUCGGGGUGGUGAAGGAGAAAGAGAAAGCCAAGAAGCAGUACGAGAAGGCUGUUUCCUCCGGUCAGACUGCGGGACUGGUCAAGGCCUCUGGAAGGAAGAUGGAGAAGUUUUCAGUGUCGGUCAACAUCGCAGCCGAAAGCAACGUGACUUUCAUCCUGACCUACGAGGAGCUCCUUCAGAGGAAACUGGGCCAGUAUGAGAUCCUGACUCGAGUCAAACCCAAACACCCGGUGCAGGAGUUUCAGAUUGUGACACACAUCUAUGAGCCUCAGGGCCUUGCUUUUGUGGAUGCCCAUGCAACCUUCCUUUCCAACGAGCUGCUCCCCCUGGUGGACAAAGUUGUCACAGAAAACAAGGCGCGCAUCUCUUUCUCGCCGACCAUGGAUGAGCAGAGGAAGUGUCCAAAUUGUGAGGGAACGCUCAUCGACGGAGAUUUCAUCAUCAAGUACGACGUGAAGCGAACGAAGAACCUCGGGGACGUUCAGAUCGUGAACGGCUACUUUGUGCACUUCUUCGCUCCCAGCGACCUGAAAAGAGUCCCGAAGAACGUGGCGUUUGUGAUCGACAGGAGCGGAUCGAUGUGGGGAUUGAAGAUGGAGCAGACACACGAGGCAAUGCUGGCCAUCCUCAAAGACCUGCACGAAGACGACCACUUUGCCCUCAUCCAGUUUGAUGAUUCCAUCGACUGUUGGAGGGAGUCAUUCUCCAACGCGAGCAAGGAAAACGUGGCCGAAGGCAUGGCCUACAUCAAGACCAUACGUCCACAAGGAGUCACCGAUAUCAACAGUGGAGUGUUGAGAGGCGUGGAAAUGCUGAUCAAAGACAGGCAGGACAAGAAGCUCCCGGAGAGAAGCGUGGAUAUGGUUAUUUUACUCACUGAUGGGAUGCCAAAUAGCGGAGUGACUUCCAUCCCGGCCAUCCAAGAGAACGUUAAAUCUGCCAUCGGAGGCAAAAUGUCUCUGUUCUCCCUUGGAAUUGGAAAUGAUGUGGAUUACUCCUUCCUGGAUGUGAUGAGCCAACAGAACAAGGGAGUGGCCCGCAGAAUCUUUCAGGGUUCAGAUGCAGCCCUUCAACUUCAGGGUUUCUAUGACGAGGUGGCCAGUCCUCUACUUUCGGAGGUGGAUCUGCGUUACCCAGGCAACGUGGUGGACUCCCUGACCACCCACCACUUCACCCAGCUGUAUAACGGCUCAGAGAUCGUGGUGGCCGGCCGGAUGACGGACAGCUACAUGAACAACUUCAUGGUGGAGGUGUUCGGCCAAGGGUCUGAGACGGACUUCCUGGUGCAGGGCCAGGCCAGUGCUCUGGACUUGGAUGUGAUGUAUCCAAAUGAGGAGUACAUCUUUGGGGAUUUCACAGAGCGUCUGUGGGCGUACCUCACCAUCCAGCAACUAAUGGAGAAGAGCAAGAGUGGAACCCCAGAAGAGAAAGCCAACGCCACCGCCAAGGCCUUGGAGAUGUCUCUGCGCUACAGCUUCGUCACCCCUCUCACCUCCAUGGUGGUCACCAAGCCCGACAUCGAGGACGGACCGGACAGCACUCUGAUCGCUGAUAAGCUGACCGAGGCCCAAAGACAAGAGGCAGAAAAAAUGGGAUAUCACCAAGCAAGGCAGCCGUAUGUUCCAGCAAGCCCUUCACAUUAUUUUCGGACGAGUUAUCUAGCACACACACCCACAUAUUUAGUGGACGGAGAUCCUCAUUUCAUGAUCGAGCUCCCUAACAGAGAGGACGCCCUGUGUUUCAACCUCGACGACAAACCAGGAACCAUCUUCAACCUGGUCAGAGACCCGGACCAAGGUAUUUUGGUCAACGGGGAAAUCCUCGGAGACAAGAAGGUGUCUCCCAACGGUAAACUUAACACCUACUUCUGCCGCUUCGGCAUCGAACACCGGGCCCUGGGGUUGAAGCUGGAUGUGAGCACUCACGACAUCUCAGUGACUCAGGACGGCAAGCGGGUCACGUACCUCUGGUCCGAUACGGCCUCCGUCAAAGGACCCAAAAUGCACCUUCUCUUGACUAAGGAUCGCAGACUCACGGUGACUCUCAGGCAUUCCGUCAAGUUCGUCAUCCUGCUGCACAAAGUGUGGUCGGGGCACCCGUUCCACCGGGACUACCUGGGCUUCUACACCCUGGACAGCCACCUCAUGUCCCCCUCUGUUCACGGCCUGCUGGGUCAGUUCUACCACGGGAUUGAAUACGAGGUGUCGGAUGUGCGUCAAGGGGAAGACCCCGAGAAACCGGACGCCACCAUGCAUGUGAAAGGACAUGAGCUCAAUGUGACCAGAGGCUGGCAGAGAGACUUCAUGAGUGACAUGAAGAGGGGGGUAAAUGUUCCCUGCUGGUUCGUUCACAGCAACGGAACCGGCCUCAUCGACGGAGACGCGGCCGACUACGUUGUUUCAGGCCUUUUUAAAAUAGUUUAAAAAACAGCCUCCAUGUCUACCACGGAUACAAUUAUCAACUAAAUUCAUUCAAUACAUAUUAAAAAUCUGCCUGUGCUUACA